UAACUGUACGCUUGUCCAAGAAUCUAAACAAAAUAUUAAGUUAAUUCAUGCGUUAAAAUGAAUUCCAAAUGUUAUAAGUGCUGUGCGGUACCUCAGUGUACUUCCACAUCAAUAAAAACGCCUAACAAAUUAUUUGUACACGUUCCAAACAAGAAAUUAAUAAGGAAAAAGUGGUUAAAGCUCGCGCGGCGAAACCCGAACGAUGUAGUUACGAAUUCGCCACUUUAUUUCUGUGAAGAUCACUUUGAUAUGCCAAAUGAUAUGGAAAAUUAUAUGCAGUAUCAUGUGAUGAAAUCAGUAUCACAAGUACGUAUGAAACCAGGAUGUAUGCCCCAUAAGUUUACAUGUCAAUCUGAUAGGAAAUCACGAACAUCUGACACAACAGAGCGACCAUAUAUAGCAAAGAAACGAAGAAUGAUGAUUCUUGAAGAGUGUAAAAAGGAAUUCGAAGAAAAAUGUAUAGGUACAAAACAAUCAAGUGUUGAAGAAAUUGCAUCCAUUAGUUCAGUUCAGCAGAAUGUCGAUGAACUUCCCCAAUUGGCACCAAGGGUGUUGGAUAAAUCAGUUCAAGUAAACGGAUACAAAAAAUGCAGAAGUAAAGCUAACCAAACAAAAGUCAAUUUGGUAAAUCAGAUGACAUCACCAUCAAAGCUAUUUCAAAAUUCUGUCUCUACAUCUCCAUUUCAAAUCAAGCAUCACGGUCUUAAUACUAACCCCUCAAGGUCAAGUCGUAAUUAUUUGAGUAAAAAAGUUAAAAAAAUAGAACACUCAGAUAGUGAAGCUUCUUAUACCCCCUCAGAAGAAAGAAACCUGAAUACAGAAGCUAAAGAAACCUCAAUACCUGUAUCCCUGCUUCGGAUUGUAGCGAGAUGGUAGAGGAUGACAAAAGAAGAGAAAAUUUUAAUGCUUUAGAGUGCACUUUGAAGAAAAUUAGAAAAAACCCCCGUUCCUAUAUUGGUGUCCCUUUAAGUUGUUUUUAUUUAGUUAACUUGAUUGAAGAACAGACAAAUAUACAAUUUAAUCAUAUUUUACCAUGUCUAAAAAAGAUUAAAUUAAAUAAUUCAUUCCUUGAACUUGCUGAUGAUUUUGGAAUUGAUAAAACUUAUCCGAGCAAAAUUUUUUUGAAAAAUAUACCUAUUUUAGCAAGUGUAA